AAACCUAUUAAUAGAAGUUAAAAGGGGACCUUACCUGGGCAGCACAAAGACGAGGAGAAUCCCCUGUUGGAAAAGGUCGAUAGAAGUCGAUUAGAUCACUUAUCGACUUGAAUAGUGAAUCUUAAUUUCACUUUUUGCAUUAGAACUUGAUAAAAAGUGAUAAAAUACGAUAAAAAUCGAUAUAAGUCGAUAAUACUCAAUAUGAAAAAUUGCAAUUGAAAUCGAUAGACCAUGAUCUUCUUGAAAUUCUAUCAAUUUCAAUUGUAAUUUUUCAUAUUAAGUUUUAUCGAUUUAUAUUGAUUUUAAAAUGGAAUUAAGAUUCACUAUUCAAGUCAAUUGAAAUCUUAUCGACUUUAAUGGUGAAUUCUAAUCGAUUUCAAUCGAUUUCUAUUCACUUUUUCCAGCAGGGUCGGACAAUGAAAAAUAACAUCGAGAGAGACUAGCAAUCUACUUCGGACUAUGAAAAAUAACGAGAAAGACUAGCAAUCUAUUAAUCAUUAGACAGAUAAUGUGUACGUUGGAAGACACCGAACAAAUUAAGAAAACCAUGAUCAUGCUAAUUUAAGAAGGUUAUCCUAUUGAAAAACCUCAGAUUAGAAUCAGAUAAGAAUUAAGUGAGUCUCAUAUGAUUCUUACUAGAUUCUCACAUUCUUAUCUGAUUCUCAUUUGAUUCUUUUCCGAUUGUCAUCUGCCGAUAGCCAAAUGUUAUUUUGUUGAAUUUUAAUUGAAAUUUGUUUUUUACUAACCUUACAAAUCCUCACAAAUUCCUUACAAAUCCAAAUCAAAAUAACAUUCAACUUCGGUAAAUUUGAUUCUCAUCAGAUUCUCAUCUGAGGUUUUUCAAUAAGGAAAUUUUUGUUGUACAAUGGACCUUUAUGGAAUUAGAAAGGCACUCGAAAGGUGCUACUCGUAUAACAUCUUACCUUAAAUAAGCGAAUACUUUACACUAGAUUACUGUUUCGAUCAUAGCUACUUGGUUGCAGAGACGCCCAAUGGCUGACUUCAGAGGACAAAGCGGUUUGUUCAUACCGCGGUGUCCCCUGAAGUUGGCAUUUGAGCAUCCCUUCGAAUAAUCGUGAACUAGCAUUGAGUGCAUACGCAUUAAAGCUGGGAACUUGGGUCUUGGGAGUAUGGGACUGUGCAGCACUUAUCAAACUCCUCCUGUGCUAACCAUUUUAGACAUCAGUUUGAUUCCAAAACUGCUAUAGAAUUUAAUGUCAAAAAAUUUUUGUUUUCCUUACAAAACAGAUAUGGAAAUGUUUAUGCUUUAUGAUGGCGAUAUUUUGUCAAUUUCAAAACUUUUUGAUAUAAGUUGAAGCAUAGUAUUCCAUAUCUUAUUAUAUCUUAUUAUUUUAGUACAAAAAAAAAUAUCGAUAACAAAAGAGAAAGGCAUAUCGUACAUUACACAAUUACAUUAAAUAAAAUGAAAUAAAAAUAUUGAUGUAAUUCGUAUGAAGGUUUUGUUAGAUUAAAAAUACGUCCUUAUGAUCAUUCAGUCAUACAAAAAAGUGAGUGAGGCUUGAUAAUCAUUUCAAUGAGGUUUCGCGUUCUACCAGGCUUUGUUUUGUUUGACAAGAAUCGACUAACGAAAUGGAAAACGUCAAUGCAGAACAAAUCAAAAUUAAAACUAGUAAUUUAUAAGUAGACAUUGCCUCGCGGAAUUUCGAGAUAAUUGAAAAGACGAAUUCAUAAAUCAAUAUUAUAGAGAAAAUAUUCGUCAAAGAAGACAAAAGCAUACGGGAUUGUGACAGAUAGAAAUAUUAUUAAAUGAAGUUUCGCUAAAUAAUGGCACAUUUAAUAUUUUAAUUGGUAAAUAAAUAAAGUAGGCCUUUGGACUAUAUGACAAAAAUUGUGUCAAGUUUUUGUGCAAUGUUGCUUGAAAACCAGUGUAGUGGACGGUGACGGUGAGUACUUUUAUGACGCGAUUAGCACGACAAAACAGGACGAUGCAUCGUGUUUGGACUUCGCGUCAAUGAAACGGAAGAGCCGCGGUACUAAAAGAUGACAGCUACUGCAGAGUGUUUUGAGGUGCAUCACGGCGUCGCGACAAUGCAUCUUCCGUACAUCGAAGCAGAGAACGGAUUGAUUUCUUCUGCCUCGUGGUCAAUAUUAAGAAAGAACUUCAUCUACCAGGAUGUCACGAGAUGAUAGAAGAAGAGGAGGUAGUAGUAGUUCUACAAAAUUGCGAAUGGAUUCAAGUUCAUCUCAGUCUAAAUCACAUGGAGACAGUUCAUCAAAACGUAAAGAACUGGAUAAUGUUAUGCGCAAAGCUCGAGAAUCUCAAUCAAGUUAUUGGAAUAAAAAAUUAUUAGAAGUUGAAGAAAAAGAUCCUAACAGAUGGCGCCACAGCGGAUAUAAAGAAAUGUAUAUUGGAGGCAUUUCUACCAAUAAUUCUAAGUUCCAUCAACGUAGUCCAAAACAUCGUAGCCCACAUCCCAGAAGCCCACGUCCACGAAGUCCUAGAAGUCCUCGUAUACGUAGUCCUUUGAGGCCAAGAUCUAGAACUCCAAGAAACAGAAAUUCACGUAGUCCACGACGUAGAAGUCCUAGAAUUACUAAUUCAUUUAUCCUGAAACCCAGAAGUCCUAUAAUUAGAAGAUCUAAUACUCCUAAAACUCGAAGUCCAAAAGUAAGAAGAUCACAUACUCCAAAGCCACGAAGUCCAAAAACUCCGAGAAAUCAAGCAAAUAAUGCUCAAUCAAGAAUAACCAAAAGUCCAAGUUCUGGAAGUACAUGUUCAGAUCAUUCUUGUUCCGUAUGCUCUCCUAAGGAUCAUAGACAAAUUGUUAAUAGACGAUUAUCACAAUCAAGAUCAUCUUCACCUGCAAGACAGCGUCUUCCUACAAAAGAAGUUGCUUCAUUGAUUUCCAGAGUAGGUACUUCUAAAACAUCUAGACCACGUUCACCGCCUAUACCUCGACCGCAGACUCCCCCACCCAUGCCUCAACCUCCAUCACAUCACCCAAAAGAAUACAACAAGCUCACAAAGGAUUUAAAAGCAAGGAAGAAGGAAAGCCAUCGUAAUAAAUUGGCUGAUGAUCCACGUGUUCCAGAUUCUGUUCAAAUGAUGCACAAACAUGUCAAAUUAGAGAAGACACAUAACAUGCACCCAGAUGUAUCUAUGAUUCACCCACCUGCAGAAUCAUCUGGUACUGAUGACAGUGAUAGCUCAUCUGUUACGUCACAUGCACCUCCUCCAAAGAUGACAUUAUCCGAACGAUUUGGAAAAAUGGCCCAAUGGAGUGUAGAUAGAAGAGAUAUGGAAAAUAUGCGUAUUACAAAAGUGGGAAAUAGUACAAUGAAGGUAGUCAUCGAAGGUGAAGAAAGAAUUGCUCGAUUAGGUUAUGAUUCUCCACCGCCUGGGCAUUAUCCAGAAUCUUUACUAACUCAAGGCCCAAGGGGGUUAGAAUGUUGGGAUGAUGUUCGUGUAAGAUAUGAUUACUAUAAAUCCAGAGGUUAUUUACGAGAUCUCACUCUUGAUGAUUAUGUUAAAUGGGAAGAAUGGUGGUAUAAAUAUCAAGAAUGGUUAGAAGCAGAACGCUAUUAUGAACAAUGGGCUGCACAAGCAGCUAAUCGUCCAGCUGGUGGUGGGCGCAAAAGACGUAGACGAAACAAUGCUGGUCACUAAAUCUCUUAUUCAUCCACAAAUUUUUGAAAACUCAUCUUUGUUGAAUAUUUUCUUUUGUUUUGAAACAUUUUUCAUGUACCUAAAUAAUGCAGUUAUAUUUAAAAAAAAAACAUAAAUAAAAUAAUUUGAUCAUA